GCCAAAAGCGAUCUAAUUUUAUUUUCUGAAAAUCUCGUUCUCUACUUUCCUCGAUCCUUCGAUUUUCUCACCAACCAAACAACAUAUCACUGUUUAGGGUUUUUGUUUUUACUAUUAUCUUCCUCCAAACCCAAGCGAGAUUUUUCCCUCUUUUCUUCACAACCAUACAGAUCACAACUGCCCCUCUUUCGUUCUUAAUGUAAAAUGUCAAAUCUCGGUGACGAUUUCUCUCAGUUCGAUAUAUCAAAAGAGGAAAAAGACAAACUUGUUGCAGAAGUAGUUCGUUACAUAUUGUUCAAAACACAUCAAAAUUCAGGAUGUCCAAUUAAAAGGGAAGAACUCUCUCAAUUAGUCACUAAAAACUAUCGUCACCGUUCGCUUCCUGCUUAUAUCAUUAACGAGGCUAAAGCCAAACUCUCCACCAUUUUUGGCUACGAAUUAAGGGAACUUCAAAGAUCACGUCCUUCUUCCACAAGCCACUCCCGAUUGUCUCAACAGAGUGGAGUUGAUGCUAAAUCCUAUGUUAUCAUAAGCCAGUUACCAGCUGAGGUGUAUAAGAAAUAUGUUGAGGAUGUUAAUACAUCUCAUCUUACUGGUUUUACUUUUGUUGCGAUCAGUAUUGUGCAGCUUGCCGGAGGUAAAAUUGCUGAAGAUAAUCUUUGGCAUCAUUUGAAGAGAAUGGGAUUGCAUGAAACUGAUGAAAACCACCCAGUUCUUGGUAAUGUGAAGCAGGUAUUGGAGACGCUUGUACAGCAAAGAUAUUUGCAGAAAGACAAGGUCAGUGGCCCUGAAGGUACUACUUUGUUUUAUGAGCUUGCUGAGAGAGCUCUAGAUGGAACCGUAAGUGAGAGGAUUAAGCAAUACAUAUCACAGCAAUGUUUUCUUUGGUUCUGGGAAAGUUGCAUGAACAUAAUACUGCUACUAGAGCUUUCCCACAUAAUUGGUAGUUUGCGAACCUGUGUUUACUUUUAUUCUGGACCAUGGACCUUCAUUUACAGCAAACCUACAAUUCUGGGAAAGCAAGUGACGUAUGAUUGUAAAGAAAGAUGAUGCCACCGUGGAUAUCUUAUAAUUGCUUGAUGCUAGCCAUUAGCGAGUAAUUGGAGGUAGAUGUUUGAGUUCUUGUUUCAUGGAUGAUUCAUGUGCAAAUGAAGCUCAGUUCCUCAUUGGAUGUUUUUCUUGUACAGAAGGUUUAGGAGCCUUUCUAGUCAUUUAGGUGCUGCUGCAUUUGCUAUUGUUUUUUUGUUCAUUGCUAGCCUGGUACCCUCCUGCUAUUUAUGUAUCUCCGUGAGCGUGACAUCAGUUCUUGGGAUUCUAAUGGGAUCGGUUUAAAGCAAUUGUUCAAACAGUAAAUACCGAUUCAUUUUAAUUAGACAGUAUCUAUAUUAUCUUGA